GCGUCCAAUCUGCUCAAAACCCUAAUCAGAUCCCCAAAUCUCCCUUCUUCAUCCCCUUUGUCAUCUCUCCACAAGCUCAGAUUCGUCAGCGGCGUCGUCAAUAGCGAGGUCGCCACUUCUCACACCGCCAAAUGGAUGCAGACACGAAUCCUGCACUUGGGCAUCCAAUUGAGUUCAUAUGCCUUGAUAAGGAUGAGCCAGCUGUCUGCAAAUAUUGUGGUCUUCGCUAUGUCCAAGAUCAUCAUCACUAGGAGCUCGACACUUUUACAUUAUUGCUGCGUGGGGUGAUUCAUGAUUGUCACUUGUGAAGAGUUAGUUCUGUACUCGCAAACUUGUUAAAUGUACGGCCAGUUGUUACUGCCAGCAAAAAUAAAAUUUACACUCUUGUCACUGGUCUAUAUACUCAUAGCUGAUCUUCCCAUUCUCUAAUUGUAUGUUGUGCAAUUUGGAUUUUUUUAUCUUGCAAGGGAAGGAUGUCAUUCCUCCAGGUUUAGUUGGCCAAGGUUAACUGAAUGGAAUUGGUCUUUCUUUAUUUUUUGAAUAGGCAUUUUAUGUACCUCCGAGUACCAUUCCUCUCCUAAGAACACCUUCCAGUCGGACUAAUGUCAGAAUCGUCUCGAGGUAUUUGGUUGAAUGUAGACUACCCGGGAGCCUUGCUGUUUCUCUUUACAUUCACUAGCCUUGCGUUGCUAUUUCUAUCCCUAAAAAUCCAUUUGUUUUUGCUGCUGCUUUCUUUAAAGCAUCAUCUGUCAAGCCCUUAAUAUCCAUCUUCUGGCGUCAAUUCCUGAAAAUAUUUACUUGUGACAAUCCUAACUUUCUUUCCUCUGCUUGUGUGUACACUUGUCGCCAUAAGGCGCCCUCAGAAGCUUACUUUUUACAUGUCAGGAAACUUAGAUUUUGAAGAAUCACUGCGGCAUCUUUGAUUCAAUUGUUAAAAAUGGACAUUUUGUAAAUUGUCAAUCUCGACAAAAGCUAAUCGAGAGAAAUAUGAUGAAGACUUUUAAAUCGUGACAUAAAAUGUAACACAAGUGUGCCCUCACCUGAGUCACCUCCCAUCAACCAGUAUAUAGGAGCUCAUCACCUCUCAUUGUGGAACUAGAUUGGGGCUACUGGGAACUAUACUCACUUGAGGGAGAAAACAGGUGCUGAUAUUUGAUGAGCUUGGUGGGAACUUUACACCUCUUAUUGGAGCUAUAUAGGACCGGUGAGUACUAUACUCAUUAGAGCAACAAGAAAAAUGCUAGGAAUAUUUUAUGGAGCUAAUGAGAACUAUCACCUCCUAUUGGCGGAGCUAGACAUUAGCUAGUGGAUGGUAGACCACUAUACUCAUUGUAGCGAGGAAUAUUUUUGUUUGGAUAUUUAAUGUUAUGUUAGCCUUACCUACAUAUUUUUUGGGUGUUGGCCCCAAAUAUUAUUAUUUAGCAAAAAAAAUAAAAAAUCUAUUAACACAUUAUGAAAAACUGACCAAAAAUAUCAUUUUAAAACGCAAUUUCAUGUCAUGUUUAUGAUACUGGACAAAAAUGUGAUUUUAAGUUGUGAUUUCAGCUAAAAACGCGACUUCGAGUUGUGUUCCUCACAAAAUUAAAACACAACACGAAAUUGUGUUUUAAAAUAAUAUGUCAGAUCAUUUUUUUCAAAAAAACAUUAUAACUCAUUUAUGAUUUAUGAUUUAUAUUAGUGGUGUUUUGCUACCUUUUCUCAUAUUUUUCUUUCUUCGGCCCCUAAAAUUGAAGACCUCGUUUGUGCUUCCUAGUCUGCAUAUGUGCAGAGUACAACAACACACUCAUCUCUAUGUCUCUGUCAUUUAUGUACAUAAAUAUAUGCAUGUUGAUCAUUUACUAUGCCCAGUGCCACAUUAGUCUUUUUCAAAUUACUCCCUCCGUCCCGAAAUAGUUGUCACAUUUCUAUUUUUAUUGUUCAAAUUGACUAAGUUUUGACCAAAGAUUAUAAGUCAAUCACUCGUUAUUUUAAAAAACUGAAAAUUACAUAUUAAAGUAGAUUAAAAGUUAUUUCUGUGACAUUUUUUUUAUUUUGUCAAUUGAUAAAAUAUUAAUAAAUUUCAGUCAAACUUUAAUCAAUUCGACCGGCACAAAACCGACAAUUAUUUUGGGACGGAGGGAGUAGCACACAGGCCAUUAAUUAGGCUCUGGCAAUGAGCUUGAAACCUUCCCCUGUUUAGUAGUUGUAUUAGGACAAAAGCUCAGUCGGUAAGCUCGCAACUUGUAAUGUUUAAAAUUAGUUGAUAAUAUUAAACGAGGCGUGCCCUGAAUCACUUGUAUAAACUAAUUCGAGAUAUCUGAGAUUUUGAGUUGCCAGGAAUCUUAACAGACGGCUCAACCAUCUCUCGGAUAAGCCGAUAAAAAAAAAAAAAAGAGAGAUGUUAACUGUGGCAUUAUUUUAUAGUUAAUUUUUUCAAUGAUAUCAUCACAUUUUUACUUUAUAAUUCUGUAUAUUUGAUUUUUCCGGGAUAAUACAUUUAACAGUAAAAUGCAGGAGAUGACUCUUAUAAAUCUAAACCAUAAUUAAAAGAGUGAGAUAGAAAUGAUGGGUGUCCGAGGUGGACAGCGACGCUUAAGACUUGCUAUCUUAAGAUCACGAGUUCGAUACCCCCGGUAUUCCGGGAAUAAGUAGGCUAUUAAUUUCUCAUUCGUCACCUAAAUGAUGUAACGGUCGUUAGCUUUAACCUACUACUGCCUAUAAAAACAUAGUCAUGACAGUCUAUUCAGCCUCACACUCACAUCUUAAAACCAAACCAAAAACACUUGUCUUAUAAUACAAAUACAAAAAAAAAAAACUCAAGAGCAAAAUGGCAAGCUUAGCCAUGGUUUUAACGCUCGUUUUAAUCGCAGCAACCGCAAUGCCACCAGCAUUCUCCGGUACGAGCACCGGAGAGCCAGCAGAAGUCGAAACCUGGUUCAAAAGGCUGGGAACAAAACAAGAAAAGGUGACAAAAAUGCACUAUUUUUUUCAUGAUUUAAACCGAGUCACUUCUGAAGUGGUGGCCAAUGCUAAUACCACGGCCACUUCACCAACAUUAUUCGGUAUGGUUAAAGUGUGCGAUAAUCCUGUCACGGCUGGCCCUGAAUUUAACUCGAAACAGGUGGGAAGCCUGCAGGGCACGUACAGCUAUACUUCUGUUAGGGAUAUUGUCAAUUUUAUUUGCGAUUUUACGUUGAUUUUUACUGAUGUGAGGUACAAUGGGAGCACAAUAAGCAUUUUUGGCAGCAAUCCGCCUAGUCUGCAGCACCGCGAGAUGGCGGUGGUGGGGGGAACAGGGGUUUUCCGGAUGGCACGAGGGGUUGCGGUGCUUUCAGCUUACUAUUUUGAUGUUGCUAAGGGUAAUGCCACGGUUGAACUGAAUAUUGUAGUUCAACAUUAUUAGCAUUUUUUGUGGUUUUUCUGGCCAAAGUUCAGUGAUUAAAUGUGUCGAAAAAGGCGCGUUUUUUGUGGUUUUUUAAUUUAAUUACGUUGGAUUUGAUUGUGAGAAUGCAGUGUAAGUUCUGAAAUGCAUGCAGUGAUGCUUUGUAGUACUGUGUUUAUUUAUAUCCCAUUAUAAGUGU